AAUAAAAAUCUUGCUCACAAUUUCUGGGAAAAACGACGGUGUGCGUAGAAAGCCUAACCGCACUCUUUACAAGCGAACGGCAGCGCGGCGGCGAGACGACGGAGCGGAGCCGUCGCCUGAGAAGAUGGAGAUGGCGAUGAGAGCGACGGAGGACGUCGCCAUGGGCGAGGACGUCACGCCGCCGAUCGCGCCCCUCUCUCGCCCUCUACGACGCCUUCCUCCCCUCCCACUGCUCCUCCUGCUUCUCCUCCCUCUCUCCUCCUCCUCCUCCUCCUCCUCGGUCUCCGCCCGCCGGCACCUCCCGCUCCUCCUCCCCCUCUACUGCUCCGCCCGCUGCUCUUCCUCCGCCGAGUCCCUCCGGCUCCCCUCCGCCGAGGAGCUCCUCCUCCGCUCCCCUUCCGCCGCCGCCGCCGCGGCGGUCCCCGGCGACACCUCCGACCUCCGCGCGGCCCUCCGCCUCGUGCUCCUCCUCCUCGCCCGCGGCCUCGACGCCUCGAGCUGGAGGAUCGGCGGCCUCCUGACGAACCGCGAGAAGCUGACGUCCGGGGAGAGCUCCGGCGACGGCGAGGUUGUGGAAAGGAUCCGGAGCGGCGCCAGGGUCCUGGCGACGGCGAGGAGGAAGCUGGGCCUGGGCGGCGGCGGCGGCGGCGGCGGCGGCGAUGUGGAGGGCGAUGUCGUUUUGGAGGAGGCGGCGCUGUGCGCUACGAUUACGAAUGCGGUGGAGGUCCAGGAUGUCGACGGUCGGGGCCUGGGAAUUGCUGUGUAUGGUACGGAGUUCUCGUGGAUCAAUCACAGCUGCUCGGCCAAUGCUUGUUAUCGGUUUCAGUUUAGCGGACCGGAGAUAAGCGCCUCGGCUCCGGGCGAAUCGAGGCUUCGCAUUGUUCCUUAUGGCGAUCGAGCUCAGAUGGACAGUGUUGGUUGCAGACCUGCUGAAGUUGGGAAAGAUCAUGCAGAUUACGGCCCGAAAAUAAUAGUUCGUAGCAUAAAGGCAAUUAAGAAAGGGGAGGAGGUGACUGUUGCAUACACUGACUUAUUGCAGCCUAAGGCAGCUAGGCAGUCUGAGCUACAGUCUAAGUAUCAAUUUAGAUGUUCCUGUACAAGAUGUGAUGCUGAACCUUUAGGAUAUGUGGAUCAAGCUUUGCAGGAUUUCCGUGCUGCCUAUGGCUAUGUCAGUGAAGAUAGUGCCAACUGCAGCAUCUAUCGGGAUGAGGCUGCCAGAAGGUUGAGUGAGUUGAUGGAUGAUGUUAUAUCUGAAUAUCUAUCAGAUAGCGAUCCAAAGUCUUGCUGCGAGAGGCUCGAGAGUUUGCUUACAGAAAGGGUCCUUGAUGAGGACUUUGCAGUGAAGGCCGGAUAUAAGCAAAAGUUUCUUCUGCAACCCUUGCACCAUCUUUCCUUGAAUGCCUACAUAACAUUGGCUUCCGCUUAUAGGAUCCAUUCAAGUCAAUUAGUUGCUUCACAAAUACAAGCAGUUGCUCUUGUAUCGAAAACUUUGGAGUUUGGCAGAAUCAGCGGGGCAUACUCGCUGCUUCUUGCAGGAGCAGUCCAUCAUCUGUUUCGCUCUGAAUCUUCUCUAAUGGCAUCUGCAGCAACCUUUUGGGUAACUGCAGGAGAGUCCUUGUUGUCUCUUUCCAGAAACUCGGCAUGGAGUAUAUUUUCAGAAAAAUCACAGACUGCACGUUCAUUAGUUACUGAGCCCCAUGCCUGCAGAUGCUCCUUGAUGAAAAAAGUUAUGGUGCGGCCUUUUUGGAAUCCAGCUGUAUAUGCGGAUUUUGAAAACAUAUCUGGGGAUUUCAUGGGCUGUAUUGCUGUGCUGACAAAGAUGAUUUGGGGUUUCCUAGCUCGUGGUAGUCAUUACUUGCAAGCAGUGAAAGAUCCUGUUGAUUUUGGGUGGCUCGGGACGGUUGAAAUUGUCAAUGAAUACAAUUUUGGAGCUCAUUUAGAUGACACUGGUUUAGAUUUUUAUUGUGAGAGAGACCAAACAUAUAAAUUGCAUGCAUCAUAUGACCAAGAAAGGAGACCACUUCUGUUCCAGCUUGGUGUCCAUUGUUUAAUGUAUGGAGGACUGCUCUGGAGUAUAUGCUACGGUCGGACUCCGCCCAUUCUCGACGUGUUGUCCAAUGAGAAUGACAUGGCAGAGUGUUCACUUGAUUGAUUAGAGAAUUUUUGAAUCCACAAUUCAUUUUAAGUUAACAGGCAAGUUCUACUUGAGCCA